AUAUAAAAGGAUUGCAGCAAGAACCAUAGAACUCUUUUUUUAGGGUUUCAUCUCUCCAAUUCCCCCCUUUCAUUCUCCUAUUCCCAAAUUAAAGAUUAGAUCCACAAUCAUCAAUUGUUAUCGAACAAACCCUAGAUCCACCAAUCAAAAUCACCCAAUUUCCACUUUCUUAUUCGAAUCACAACUCUAUAAUCCCCAAAUCUUCAAUCAAAACCCCAACCAUGGUUGGCGGUACAGCAAAUCAACAACAACAACAAGCUCCUCAAUUGGCUAAUCAAUCUUCGGCAGCUCACACAGCUACAUCGGAGGAAGAUGAGGUUCUGAAAAGAAACACUGAUUGCGUUUACUUUCUUGCUUCACCCUUAACUUGCAAAAAGGGAAGUGAGUGUGAGUACCGCCAUAGCGACAUUGCACGGGUCAACCCUAGAGAUUGCUGGUACUGGUUAAACGGGAACUGCUUAAAUCCAAAAUGUGCUUUCCGUCACCCCCCUCUUGAUGGAUUGGUGGGAUCUGACGCUCCGACUCCCAUGGGACCUCCUGCACCAGCACCUGCACCACACGCCACUCCUUACGCUACACCCAAACAAGGAGUUCCCUGUAUCUUCUUUCAAAAAGGUUACUGUUUAAAAGGACACUUAUGCCCUUUCUUGCAUGGCCCACCAAAUUCAGUCAUUAAUAAACCUACGCAACCCGGGCCCACUAACCUUGUUACCGAGCCUCCUAAGAUGGCUCAACAGGUAACCAUUCAAAAGCCCGUUGAGUCUCGGCUUCCUCAGGCGAAGCAACCACCUCUUCCAACCAGAACUAUUGUUGAUAAAAAGAUAGCACCGCCAGCUCGUGUGGUUCCUGCGGUUCUGCCACCUGUCAUGAACGACCCACCAUCUAAUCAACCUAACCGUAGUGCGUAUCAUGGUUAUCAUGCAUCGAACAAUGAAAGAGUUGUUAGCGGGAAAGAUGCCGAUGAGUAUUCAAGAGAGCUUUCUCCUGGUUUUGAUGUUCUCGUGGAUAAUGAACAUGAAGAUUCUCGUCCCUAUUAUGACAUUGACCAUGUUGACCGAGAUAUGUACCAUGAGCAUCGUGAUUAUGACCAUUAUAAUGAACGCGACGGUCGUUUUGAUGUUGAUCGCAUUGACCAUCCAGAAAAGCGGCCGUAUCCUAGAAACGACCGUGAAAACGAGUCGGAUUUACGCCACCGUAUAUCACAGCAACGUAGGGGUAUCGACAACGGUUCGAGGUCGGCUGGUAAUCGUGAAAGUCACACUGACCGGAUGCCGAGGAGGGACAGGGACAGGGACCGUGACAGUGACAGGGACAGGGACAGGGACAGCCGUCACCACCUGGAUCAGGGGUCUCUUAGUAGCAGGCUUAGAGGAAGAAUAAAGAUUCCGGGUAGAUCUGGGAGGUCGGUUUCUCCUACUAAAGAAAACAACUCGAGGGUAGAAAGGGAAAUUGACGUCGAAAGAAGGCAUAUAUCUAGGUACUCCCCUGGAAGACCGCUGUCUCUUAAUCAGACGCGCCUCGGAGACCGAAUAACCGACAGCAAGUUUGCUGGACCAAAAAGAUUGUCAGAACUGAAAGGUGUUAGAACCGAACAUCAACCAAACGACGAACAAUCUUUGGGGAAAAGGAAACACCCAAAAAUGGAGGACGAAUUGUCAUUUGAAGGACCGAAAUCCCUUAGUGAGAUUUUAAAGCGCAAACGAGGGGUUAGCAACGAUACCAAUAAUAAUAAUAAUAAUAAUAAUAAUGAAGUUAAUAAUAAUAAUAAUAAUACAAAAGAUGAUAAUGAGAAGAAAAUAGAGACCAUACCUGCUGCUGUUUCAGCCGAUUUUGAUGCAGAAAACGAUAAAGAUAAAGCGUUGGAGGGCAAUAAUAAUGUAAAUUAUGGUGGGAGUGAGGUGGAAAAAGAAGUUGGUAUGGUUGAGGAAGAUGCAUUGCUUGAUGAGGAGCUUGAAGCUUAUGAUGAAAACCGAGAUGGAGAUAACGAGUACGAGUAUGAGGAGGGUGAAGAAGAUUAUAAUAUGGAAGAAGGUGAAGAAGAAUAUGUUGAAGAAGAAGAAGAAGAAGAUGUUGAGGGAGAUGAAUAUGGAAAUAAAGAGAGUGCUGCUGUGUACUCUUAGAAGAAGAAGAAGGGUACAACUCAUCUUUCUUACUUUCUUUCUUUCUUUGUAUGUUAACUGUUAUAGAUUUUGAUUUGUAUUCACGUAUUUACAUUUAGUGGCUUUUUGGCCAACAUCUUUGAUCAAAGUAUACUUAUAAUUUGUUACUUGUAUUUGUUUUCUUUGACCCGACUCUAGUAACUGUUCGUUUGGUCUA